AUGGAAUGUGUGGUUCAGGGAAUUAUUGAGACACAGCAUGUUGAGGCCCUUGAGAUUCUUCUCCAGGGGCUAUCUGGUGUUAAAAGAGAACGAUUGAGGAUCCAUGAAAUAUGUCUUAAGAAUGGUCCAAAUCUUGGCACAGUGGCCUCAGAGGUUCGACUUCUAUGUGAUCUAGAGCAAACUGAACCAUCAUGGACUGUUAGACAUGUAGGUGGUGCAAUGAGGGGUGCUGGUGCUGAUCAAAUUUCAGUUCUAGUUAGGACAAUAGUGGAAAGCAAAGUGAGCAAGAACGUGCUUCGAAUGUUCUAUACAUUGGGGUACAAGUUAGACAAUGAGCUGCUGAGGGUGGGGUUUUCCUUCCGAUUCAAUUAUAGGGUGGCAAAUGUCAGUGUGGCGCGAAUCACUGUUACAGUUUCGUCAGUCAAUAAAAUGAUGAAGCUGCAUGCGACUGACGAGGCCGUGCCAAUAACACCUGGCAUACAGAUUGUCCAAGUAACAGCACCUGCUACUGCUGAAAACUAUACCGAUGUUGCUGCUGGUAUGCAAUCCUUUUGCGAAUACCUUGCCCCGCUUCUUCAUCUGUCCAAACCGGGCGUUUCAACUGGUGUUGUUCCUACUGCUGCCGCCGCCGCUGCAUCUCUAAUGUCUGAUGGUGGGGGUACGCCUUUGCAGUAG